AUGGCGGGCGGGCCGGCGGGUGGGCCGGCGGGCGGGCCGGCGGGUGGGCCGGCGAGCGGGCCGGCGAGCGGACCGGCGAGCGGGCCGGCGAGCGGGCCGGCGGCGGGCCGGCGGGCGGGCCGACGGGCGGGCCGGCCGGCGGGCGGGCGGGGCGGGCGGGGCGCGGCGGGCGGGCAGGCCGGCGGGCGGGCGGGCCGGUGGGCGGGCCGGCUGGGCGGGCGGGCUUUCGGUCGGGCGGACGGGCGACCGGACGGACGGACGAUCUGGCGGGCGGGAGAAAACGUACUUAAAGCAGAGGUUGAGGCAAAGAGUAAACAACGAUCGAUCCGUCGGGCUACCCACGAAUAUGGCAUUCCAUACAACACCCUGCGAGAUAUGGUGAAUGGUCGAAAGGACAGCGACAAGUUUGGAAAGGAGACGCUGUUCUAA